GUUCCCCGUGUUCCCGAGUGGGGGAAAGCGCUAAAUCCCGCUCUCGUGGAACAUUUUUUGGGAUUUUUCAUAAAGAAAACGGCACAAGUUGUGAAACUUAACGUGUUACUCAGCAGCCGGAGCAGCAAAACACAAACCCGAGCCCGGUUUGGGCAGAACCGGGGCCGGCGUCCGGCCGUUCCGCCGCUAGACCGGGCGCUUGUAAACAGACCCGUGCGGUAGGUGGUGUUCGGGAGCGUUAGCUUAGCUGGCUCGUGUAGCUUAGCUUAGCGCAGUCAGGCUAGCGGCUGUUCGGCUGAGGGGCGAAAAUAACCCGGCGAAACUGUUUUUAUCCGGAGCCUCUGAGCCGGCGAGGCUCUGGGCAGAGAUGUGGCAGCGCUGGUCAGGAUCUCGGAGCCUGUCAGUAAAUUGGAAGUCGCCCAAAUCGAGUAAACCCCGCUGUGGUAACACGGCUGACUGCAGUCUGCGGGGCUAGCUGCAGAGCUAACCCAGUCUGCGCGAUUACCGGGGACCGCGGAGCAGGAUAGCCGGGACAGGAGGGCGCGGAGACGGGCAGUACUCCCCGAAAACCCCGCUAAACGGCUCCGUUAGAGCUCCAGGCUUUGUUUAAGCACCGCUGGCAGGCCCCGCGUUGCCGUGUUGAUGUCGGGUCGUGUUUACGACUGACCACCGGAACCCGUCUCUACCUUUCCCGUCCCAGAGAGGCCCGAAGCUGUGGACCCGAAGAGAUUCCUCCCCUCCGCCCGAGGCUGUGAUGCUGGACGCGCGCCCGCGGGAGCCUUUAUGAGCCUGCUUUCAGAGAACAGGGUUGCCAUGGCACAGUGGUGUGGCUCCUGACUCCGAGAGCACAUGUGCGUUGGGAAGAGAUGGACCGCUGUAAGCAUGUGGUUCGUCUCCGUCUGGGCCACGACCACUCCAUCCUGAACCCUCAGAAAUGGCGCUGCGUGGACUGCGACACCACCGAGUCCGUGUGGGCCUGCCUCAAGUGCUCCCACGUGGCCUGCGGACGCUACAUAGACGAGCACUCCCUCCGACACUACCAGGAGACCCAGCACCCGCUGGCCAUGGAGGUGCGGGAGCUGGACGUCUUCUGCUUCGCCUGCGGUGAUUACGUGCUGAACGAUAACGCAGAGGGUGACCUGAAGCUCCUGCGGGGGGCGCUGUCCACCGUCCGAAGUCCAGGACAGCGCUCCCUGCGUUCCUCAUCGUUUGGAGGAGAGUGUUCUCCUUUGUUGUCUUCUUUUUCUUCUCCUCUCCGGGCUGGAAGUGAAGGGUUUGGAUCGCGGACGGCCACGCAGGCGGCUUUGUGGCACCGGCGGCGGGCGAUGCUGACCGUCGCUUUUCGGAGGUGGAGCAACCGGCAACUGGAGGAGCAGAGGAAGCGUGACGAAAAGGUGGAACAAGAGCGAGAGGAGCUGAGGAAGCAGCGCAGGGAGGUGAAGAAGAGGCUCAUGGAGGAGCAGGCUAACGUACCGCCGAGGAAAAGUGCCCGUUUGCUAACCCAAGCGGCGCGUCCUACCCUGACCCUCAUCCCACGCAAGUUCCGCGAUCCGCCCGAGAGACCACCGCCCCCGCCUCUGAAACAGCAGCCCCUCCAGCCCCUGUCCAACAAACCACUCUCCAACAAACCCAGCAGACCACUCCGCAACCACAGCAACACAGGAAAACCUCGCAGGUGCUACGUCUCCUCGUCUCAGGUGCGGCGUAGGCGGUUGGCGCCAGGCGUCACGGGACUACGUAACUUGGGCAACACUUGCUACAUGAACUCCAUCCUGCAGGUGCUCAGCCACCUGCAGAAGUUCAGGGAGUGCUUCCUUACGCUGGACCUGUGUGAGACAGAGGAGCUGCUGGCUAAGAGCAACCACCCCCAGGGUGUGCGUGGAGUUUCGGCAGGCAUGAUGGGCAGCGCUGGCGCCCUCAGCGCGCUCGGGAAGCAGAACAAUGGGCCGGUGGAACUGGUGCAGCCCAAAGAGCCACGGUGCUCCUCCCGCCAGCAGAUGUCACUGUGCCACGAGCUGCACACGCUGUUCAGGGUGAUGUGGUCAGGCCGCUGGACGCUCGUAUCGCCCUUCGCCAUGCUACACUCCGUCUGGAACCUGAUCCCGGCCUUCCGCGGCUACAACCAGCAGGACGCCCAGGAGUUUCUUUGCGAGCUGCUGGAUAAAGUCCAACAGGAGCUGGAGUCGGACGGCAGCCGAAAACGCCGCAUCGUCAUCCCUAUCACGCAGAGGAAGCUGUCCAAACAGGUGCUCAAGGUGCUCAACACCAUCUUCCACGGGCAGCUGCUGAGCCAGGUCACGUGUCUGUCCUGUAAGCACAAGUCGAACACGGUGGAGCCGUUUUGGGAUCUGUCACUGGAGUUUCCGGAGCGCUAUCACAGCCUGGAGAAGGCGAACGCCUGCCAGCGGAGCUGCACUCUCACCGAGAUGCUCGCUAAGUUCACUGAGACCGAGGCACUGGAGGGCUGCAUCUACGCCUGCAACUUCUGCAACAGAAAGAGGCGCAAGUCGUCCCACAAGCCGCUGGCGCUGUCCGAGGCGUGCAAACAGCUGCUGAUCUACCGUUUACCUCAGGUGCUGCGGCUUCACCUUAAACGCUUCCGCUGGUCGGGUCGGAACCACAGGGAGAAGAUCGGAGUCCACGUUGCGUUUGAUCAGGUUCUGAACAUGGAGCCAUACUGCUGUUCAGACCCGCGCUCGGCGCUGCAGCGGCAGGCGUACACCUACGACCUCUCCGCUGUGGUGAUGCAUCAUGGGAAAGGCUUCGGCUCAGGACACUACACCGCCUACUGCUACAACACGGAGGGAGGUUUCUGGGUCCACUGUAACGACUCGGAGAUGAACGUGUGUAGCGUGGAGGAGGUUUGCAGUACUCAGGCUUACAUCCUGUUCUACACGCAGCGAUCAUCAUAAGAGACUGUUCGACACGCACACACGUGUGUUCAGGCCCUGUCCUGACCGGCCUGAAGGUCAGGUGCGGGUGCCCGGACACAGGCUUAGGCUGGACCUAACAGCCCAAACACCACGCGUGGUUAGACCAGGCCUGACCGCGAGGCGCUCCGGCCAGAGUACAGCCUGACUGCCUAACGUCCGCUUAGGACAGCUCUGAUUACCCAACACAGGUGUGUUUAGGUCAGGUGUAUUUCUCUACUGAGGUAUUUUUAAUCAAGCCUAAUUGAACAGUUAGGCUGGGCUUAUCUCAGAUCCACAGCUGUAGGGCUGUCACGAUCGAUUAUAUUAGUAAUCAAUUAUUUUUUUAGAAUGGCCAAUAAAUGAAAUUGGGUAAUAACAAAUGAUGCAGAGCCUUUGUAAACAUUUCAGAAUAGUUUAUUGGGAGGAGGGGGAGCCCUUAAAGUGAGUUUUGUUGGUUUUUGCUUUUUUUUUUUUUUUUUUUUUCUUUUUUUUUUUUUUUAAUAAAAAUUUUUAUAUUAUAUUAUUUUUAUGUCUUAAGUUGAUGAAUAGAUCAACAGAAAUGCCCCAAAAUCACAGCCAUAUAUACAUACAUGCCAGAAAUGCGUAUAAAUGUGUAUUAAUGUGUUUUCUACUGGAAUACAGACCAAUAGGAGAGCAUACGUCCUGUCUGAGUCAUCGAUUCGUAUCGAGUAAUCGUGACAGCCCUGUUCAGCUACACUCAGUCUACCUACCUAAACCUGAUCUCAGAGGUUUUUCUACACGCAAAAUGUUGACGUGUUCGGAUCCAAGACACAGCUACAAUCAUGCUCUCAGGCCUCAUGGAGAGGAGAGCCGGAGAGCCGGAGAGAGGCAUUCUCUACUGACAGACUCGUUUGACCCAGGGCAUUUUAGGACCAACCUCAGCACACUGGACCGAACCUGCAGGAACACAUUCACUCAUCAUAAACGCACGUCACUCCGCGGUGGAUGGGUCUGCUGCAGCUUUAUGGUGCUACAGUUACAGAUUCAGUGCUACCUAGGGGUGUAAAUCUCUGACCUCACAGUGAUUGGCCGCUCCAGACUCCGCCCACAAAAGCUGUUGGGCGAGCUUUAGGGAACGCUGCUCAAAAUCACAUCUAACCAAAUGAAUGUAGAGUUUAAGCUCAGAGUCGCAGCUCCUCAUAAUGAGGCAGGGCUUAAGCUUAACGGGAGACACACAGGAGACUCUGCCAAUUUAUCAAAAUGUCUGCGUCAGUCUGUGAGGUGUUAAUCAGAGAGAUCCAGAGGGUUUCGUCUGAAAGGGUUCAGACGUCUUUACAGUGGUGGUGAUGGGAACCAGGCGUCGCCAUGACUACAACACAGAUAUAGACACUUUAUUUACCA